UAAGCAGGAAGAGCAGAUCAUCCUCUUUUGGGACACUAUCCAGGCCUUCAAGACGCAGCUGGAGCGCACGGCGCAUCUCCCGGAAUACGUCUUCUAUGACGGCCCUCCUUUUGCCACUGGACUACCCCACUAUGGCCACAUUCUGGCUGGCACCAUCAAGGACGUUGUCACCCGUUACCAGUCCAUGAAAGGCCACCAUGUCACGCGCCGAUUCGGCUGGGACUGCCAUGGGCUCCCCGUCGAGUAUGAGAUCGACAAAAAGCUCGGUAUUAAGAGCCGCGACGACGUGCUGACCAUGGGGAUCGAUCGCUACAAUGAGGAGUGCCGCAGCAUCGUCACCACGUAUGUCAAGGAAUGGGAGGAGGUCGUCACAAGGACUGGAAGAUGGAUUGAUUUCAAGAAAGAUUACAAGACGAUGGACCCACAAUUCAUGGAGGUUAUUUGGUGGGUCUUUGCGCAGCUGUAUGACAAGGGUCUCAUCUAUCGUGGUUUCAAGGUCAUGCCUUACAGUACGGGUUGCAAGACACCUCUUUCGAAUUUUGAAACCGGGCUGAAUUAUAAGAAUGUGGCAGAUCCCGCAAUUAUGGUGUCAUUUCCCAUCAUAGGUGAUCCAGACAACACUGCUCUAGUGGCAUGGACGACGACACCGUGGACGCUUCCAAGCAACCUUGCUCUAUGUGUCAAUGCCAAUCUCGUGUAUGUUAAGGUAAGGUAUAUAUGUGAUUCAACAAACAAGUUUAAUUUGAAGGGAUGG